AUGACGCCCAUAAUAAAAUAUGGCGAGUUCGAAGACUUACCAAAUAAAGAUGAAUAUGUCAAAUCUAACAAUACCGUAAAACUUCUUGGAGAUAAAAUAAUAACAUUGAAUUCAAUAGAAAAUAAUGAAUUUAAUAGAUUAGAGCUUGAGGCAUGUAUUCAUAGAAAUUACGUUAUUAUAUAUUUUAAGAAUAGUGAUGAAUCUGCAGCAUUUAAAUCAUGUGAACACGAAAACGUGCUCCAAGUUUUUGGUCUUACAUGCGAAAAUAAUAAUUAUUACAUUGUCCGAGAACACGCGAAUAACGGGAACUUGCGUGAUUAUUUAAGGAAUACUCUGCUCUCGUGGAAUGAAAAAUUAAUAUUGACAAAACAGGUGGUUGAAGGUCUAAAAGCUCUUCAUGAUAAUGGAAUUGUUCAUUCUGAACUG